GGGGGAGACUUUUCGUUUCCCAUAUAUUCAUGAAUCGAAACCAAUUCAUCUUAAAUCACAAGUCAACAAUUAGACCCCCCCUCUCUCUCUCUCUCUCUCUCACACACACACACAGUAGCAUACACAAACCUCACCACAACCAAAACUAAACCAACUCUAAGAUGCUUCCCAGUUGGGAAAACUCAUUUCUGAAGAAACCCAAGAACAUAGACCUCAAAGUAGUCAAAAAGAACUCCAUCUCCUCACAUAACUCUUACACAUGGCCCCUCCUAAUCAUGAUUCUUUUGCUUCAGAUUUACUAUUGCAUCAAUUAUUUCUUCAUCUCAAAUUUGCCUUUAUCCCUCAUUUCCAUCUCCCCUCAACAAUUCCCAUCUCCAAAAACCUCAACCCACAGCGUGUCCAAUCACAACAACAACAACAACAAUAGCAGCAAUUUAUGUCUAUCGGGUAAGGUUUAUGUGUAUGACCUACCACCCAUGUUUAACAAAGAAUUGUUAGACAACUGUUCUAGUUUGGACCCGUGGAGCCCACGCUACUGCGACGCCGUAUUGAACGGCGGGUUUGGGCAGAAAGCCGCCACCCAGCUGGCUGAGGUGGUCCCAGAAAGCCUAGCUCCGGCUUGGUACUGGACUGACCAGUUCAUGUUGGAAGUUAUUUUUCAUAAUAGGGUUUUGAAGCAUGCAUGUAGGACUUUGGAGCCAGAAUCUGCUACAGCGUACUACAUACCCUUUUAUGCUGGACUCGCGGUUGGAAGGUAUCUUUUUACAAACUAUGAUAACAAAGCGCGUGAUAGUGAUUGUGAAAUGCUGUUAAGGUGGGUCCAAGAGCAGCCAUAUUGGAAAAGAUCGAACGGCUCAGAUCACUUCAUCACUCUGGGUCGAAUGGUUUGGGAUUUUCGACGGUGGGGAGAGAAUGAUUGGGGUUCCAGCUUUGUUUACAUGGAAGGAAUGAGAAACAUCCAACGUCUCGUGAUUGAAAGGAACCCAUGGGACCCACUUGAUGCCGGUGUGCCUUACCCCACUGGAUUCCACCCCAGAUCAUAUGCUGACGUGUUAGAGUGGCAAGAUUACGUAAGUACACACAAACGUACGAGCCUGUUCUGCUUUGCCGGUGGAACACGUGGCGCAUUUAAGAACGAUUUUAGGGGUUACUUACUGAGUUAUUGUAAAAACGAGUCCGACUCGUGCCAUGUCGUGGAUUGCAGUGGGACGCGGUGUUACAAUGGCGCCUCAGCGAUUUUGGACACGUUUUUGGGUUCGGACUUUUGCUUACAACCUAGAGGAGAUACAUACACAAGGCGGUCUGUGUUUGAUUGCAUUGUGGCAGGUUCAAUCCCGGUUUUUUUCUGGGAGCGAACUGCUUAUGAUCAAUACGAGUGGUUCUUGCCUGGUGAACCCACGAGUUACUCGGUUUUUAUUGACAACAAGGCGGUUAAAAAUGGUAGUGUGUCUAUUAGAAAUGUACUUGAAAAGUAUAGUAGGGAAGAGGUAAGUAAAAUGAGGGAGAGAGUGAUUAAUAUCAUACCUCAAAUUUUAUAUGCGACACCUCAAGAAGGUUUGGAGACCAUAAAAGAUGCUUUUGAUGUUGCUAUUGAAGGGGUGUUGACAAGGAUAAAGAAGCAAUGAUAGGGGGUAAGUAUCAAGAUGUAUUAUUCAUUCUCUUGUCUGGUUUUGUUUGGUUCUAACAUGAGUUUCGUAGUCA